AAAAUCAAGUUUAUUGUUGCGCUUUAUGGGAGCGGUGGAAGAGCGGAUCAUGAACUAGGGAUACUGAAGACAUUAUACAUCGCUCGCGACCUUACUGAUUUACCCGUAUUGCUAGUCACAGAAUGCUCAAUCUCCUGGUUACUAAAGGGUUCACAUACCGUUACGCUUGAAAGUGAACAUAUCGGAACCCACUGCGGGUUAAUUCCAAUAGGUCAUUCGUCCACUGUUUCUACAACGGGUCUUGUGUGGAACCUUGGUAAGCGAUUUUCGACUUAUUUCGUAAAGAUAAUCAAAUUCUUGAUUUUGAGGGACUUGUCUCUACUUCGAACAUAG